UUGUAUAGGAGUCAUGUGUCUUGCCAGUGAUUACAUGUAUUAUCGGAACUUGUCAUGAUAAUCUGGUAGUUUGAAUGAUAUUUGAUACCUUUUAGAAGGUUGAUAAAUAAUCAAUUAACACAACUUUGAAUUGAUUCAAUAAUAUACUGACACAAAAGGAAACAGAAUAGUUUACAGAAUUCAAUCAUGAGCUUUGUUGUAAUAAUGUGACAGUGUUAUUUUUUGUUAGCAGAUAACUAAAAAUUGACAAAAUUAUUGUUUUUUGAAGAUGGUUCGUCAGGGGGAUGUGAAUGUGACUAGUUGAACGUAAUUAGAGUAAAGUGUAAGGGCGUAUUCAUGGUCUGAAUAACCAAAAGGCGUUGCCGCGCUGUCGUUUGGUGGUGCAUUGCUGGGGCAGGCAAUAUUCGUAUCAAAUAAUUAACUGAGUUUGCACUUGGAGAACAUUUUGACGAAUCUGGCCCAAUUAGUCAAACAAGUAGUAUUAGAAUGAGAUAAUAGCAAAAUCGAAAUUGUAAUUAGUGUCCUCCGUUAUCGGAAUCUUACGAAUGUUCCUUUGCCGGUUUUGGAGUUUCGCCGUAAUUAAAAAGUCGCAUGGGUGAUAUGCCACUAUUCUAAUAUGUAGAUAUUCUUGUACGUAAAUAUCAACAUAAAGAUUAACGUUGAAAAGAGACAGCAAUGGGUAGCGUUAAGCUGGAUGUACAAUGGUCUUCGAUACACCCGAAUAGAUUCAUUACAUGGGGCACAGAAAUAUGUCUCUACGAGGUAUCGCAGAAUAGAGAUACCAUUAGGCCUUCGUGUAUAAAAAUCUCUGAUACAACAGUUGCUCAUUUGCUGGCAACCAAUACAAAUCAUCACUAUGUAAAAUGUAUUGAUAUCUACACUCAGCCUGAGCCAGAUAUUUUACUAGCUGUUGGACAGGCCAAUGGAAAAGUUGUGCUGACUACAUUUGGACCAACAGCUUUUGAUUCACUUGGGCUUACUGGCAAAGAACUUGCUCCUAGACAUGCGAGGCAAUGUAAUGCUGUUGCAUGGAAUCCAGUAGACCCAAAUUUGAUAGUUUCUGGCUUAGAUAAGCACAGAACAGACCAUUCUAUUUUGUUAUGGGACGUAUUAAAAAGUCCAGUGGGUUCCCAUCAUCACAGCAACACUCAGGCAGAAUCUUUGCGACCAAUAGCUGAGGCUGGAGUAUCAGAAACUUGCCAUUCCCUUGCUUGGUUUAUUAAUGAACCAAGAUGUUUGGUUGUGGGGAUAAAUAACAAGCAUUUGAAAAUCAUUGACUUUCGAGAUUCUGUAAAAGUGGUAAAUCUGACGCCAACAAAAGCUGUAUACAGUUUAUCUGUGGAUCCACACAACGAUUCUCACCUAGUUUCGCAUAUUGAAAAUCAAAUACUCAUUUGGGAUACGCGUUAUUUUGAGAAACCAAUUUUGACAUUACCGCAAAGCAGACAAGUAACCAAAGUAUUAUGGUGCCCGACAAGACACAAUCUCCUAGGAUCCCUACAAAAAGAUUCAGGGUCCUUGCAUCUACACGAUGUUCAACAUUGCGGACUUGCUGGAGGAGAAGAAACUGAACCUGGAGCUCUGGAGAGAACUGUGGCACCACCAUGGUCUAGUCCGACUAGUUUUUCAUGGCAUCCAACGCAUGCAAAUAGAUUAUUGGCUAUAUCACAGCAAGGACUGACAGACUAUACUGUCUUUGAAAGAAUAACUAUCAACUGGUCAACCAGAUCGCAUCUGGCAUGGAAUCACGCUUCGAAAUCAUUUAAAUACAUCUACAGUGCGGACAAUCUUUAUAAAUCGUUGAACGAUAUAUCUAUGCUGACAAAGAAUCGAGCUAUGCUAGACUAUGGCCUCCUCCCCGAAUUAUCGCAAAAUGGCGAUUUGGCUGAGAAUGAUACACUGAAAAACUUAUGGCAAUGGUUAUAUCUCAGUCACUCCUUAGUCGAGGAUGGGACUAUUAGCAGUACGGAGAACAAGCAUCCAGGUGUGAGAACUGUUUUGAAACUUGACGGACAGCAAAAUUCUAAUAACGGCUUUACAAAGUCUGAAUUAGUACAUCGACCAUGGGCUGAUAUAGGAUCAAAUCAUGCUGCCAAAAUAUACAGAUCUGUGGAUCGGGAGAAAGCGCUUCAACUGUGCGGCUGGAGAUUUGACAAGGAAACCAACGCCCUGUACAAUAACGCCUUCUUAGAUAGAUUAGAAAGAGAAGGAGCCUAUCCAAGAGCAGCGGCUAUAUCCGUUUUUAAUCUCGGGCUAAGACAAGCCAUAGAAAUUCUAAAUAGAGGAGCUGAUAAAAUGUCGAUAGCAACUAAUCUAAACAUCGUUGCUAUGGCUCUAUCAGGUUUCUCUGAGGAUAGAAACAGUAUGUGGCGUGAGCUCUGUCUCAAGUCGAGAUCACAACUGACUGAUCCAUAUCUCAGGGCCAUGUUUGCUUUUCUGACUGCUGACAAUGAGUCCUACGAAAAUGUUCUUAACGAGAAUGGAAUGGCUGUCGAGGACAGAGUAGCAUUUGCUUUAAUGUUUUUAUCCGACAGUAAAAUACAUGAAUAUUUGAAGAAGUUAACGCAAAAAUUGACUGACGAGGGUAAUUUAGCCGGAAUUUUGAUUACUGGCGCCAGCUCGGAAGGUAUACAGCUGCUGAAUAGAUACUUAGAAAUAACUGGUGACGUACAAAGUUGCAGUUUAAUCGCUAUUCGGGUUUUGACACCAAAACUACUCCAGGAUAAUCAGGUUCAAGUCUGGAUUGCAAGUUAUAGAACACUUUUGGAUGCCUGGAAAAUGUGGAAUCAACGGGCGCAUUUCGACAUCGCAAUGAGAACGUCAACGAACGAAAAACCCCCACAACAAGUAUACAUAUCGUGUAAUUUCUGUGGAAAAAGUAUCUCUGCUUACAUGCAGGGCUUGAGUAGAGCCAGAGGACCAUUUGCUAGGCUGGGGAGUACAUCUAACAAACUAAAGAUGUCAUCAUGCCCAAGUUGUCGUAAACCAUUGCCCCGUUGUGCAAUCUGCUUGAUGCACAUGGGUACAGCUAGUGGCUUACAGACAGGAGGCAGCACAACGAAUAGGGGCGAGGAUGAUAGUAAGUUGACGGAAUUUAGUAGCUGGUUUACAUGGUGUCAAACUUGUAGACAUGGUGGCCAUGCAAAUCACAUCACGCACUGGUUUAGAGAACAUUCUGAAUGCCCUGUAACAUCUUGCACAUGCAGAUGUUUUUCACUGGAUGCAUCGUGCAAAAUUGGAGUUGGCGUUUUAUAAUCUGUGAGAUAGUUUGUAAGUUGUAAUAAAAAAAGGACAUUAUUUAAUAUUA